AAUAUAGUAAGCAAAUACGUAAAUGUUGCCCCAUUUUCUGGGACACAAUAGAAACGUAAUAUUGCUCAAAUGACAAAAUGCAUAAUUUGAUUUAGUUGAUUUUUGCAGGACUCUUGUACACUGAUGCGCAUUUCUGUUGAUUGUUCAUUAUGUUGGCUCUGUUUUAACAUGCCAGCGUUAGAGGUAAUUUCUGUUCUUUGGAAAUGCUGUAUUUCAUAACGUUAGGUAGACACAGCAGCUCAUGUUAUGGAAAGGUUAACUCAUAAACAGCAGUUUACGUCAUAUCAGUUCUAUUGGUUGCCGCCGGUAUGGUCUGCUUUAUGAAUGUUUACAGACGCUGUGGAAUUGGGACAAUCAUUUCCUAUUUGAUUGAUCUUGCUCUGUUUAUUUAGGCUGGGGGAUGUUUUUGUGAGAGCGAAGACUCCUCUUUCUUGGACCAAUCAGUGGCAAGGUCAGAGGUCACCACUAUAUCAGCUCUGCAGUGAGACAUAACUCUUAUUCGAAAAACAGCUGCAUUUAGAAUUUGAAGAAUUUACAGAAGAACAGACUUUACAACUUGAUUUCACUUUGUCUCCUGCAAUCAUGGCACCAAUUCUACUGAACUGUAUGGGGAAUGAUCACAAAGAUUAUAUCAAACAACCAGUCCAAGUGAAAAAUCCCUACUUGGAUACCAUGGAGGAAGAUAUUCUCUACCACUUCAGCUUGAGCACCAAGACUCACAACCUCCCAGAAAUGUUUGGAGAUAUUAAGUUUGUGUGUGUUGGUGGCAGCGCGAAUCGAAUGAAGGCCUUUGCCCAGUUCAUCCACCAGGAGCUGGAACUGCCAGGAAACCCAGAGGAAAUCAGAGAUAUCUGUGAGGGAACUGAUCGCUACUGCAUGUACAAAGUGGGACCAGUGCUCUCUAUAAGUCAUGGUAUGGGUGUUCCCUCAAUCUCCAUCAUGCUGCAUGAGCUCAUCAAACUGCUGCACCAUGCCCAAUGCCGUGAUGUGGUCCUGUUUCGCCUGGGAACAUCUGGUGGAGUUGGUCUGGCUCCAGGGACGGUGGUGAUCACGGAUAAAGCGGUGGACUACGCCUUCCAGCCCCAGUUUGAGCAGGUGGUUCUGGGUAAAGUUAUCACCCGCAGCACUGAGCUGGACGAAGGGGUGGCCAAAGAGCUUCUGCAGUACUCCUCCGAGCUGCAAAACUUUCCAACAGUGAUCGGAAACACCAUGUGCACCCAUGAUUUCUAUGAAGGUCAAGGCCGACUUGAUGGCGCUCUGUGCUCCUUCUCUCAUGAAGAAAAACUGGAGUAUCUAAGGAAAGCUUAUGAAGCUGGAGUGAGGAAUAUUGAAAUGGAGUCCACUGUCUUUGCUGCUAUGUGCCGUGUGUGUGGCCUCAAAGCGGCUGUGAUCUGUGUAGCAUUGCUGAACCGCUUUGAUGGAGACCAGAUCACAUCUCCUCAUGAUGUUCUGGUGGAGUACCAGCAGAGACCUCAGGUCCUGGUGUCCUACUUUAUCAAGAAACGCCUGGGACAGAUUGUCUGAGACCUCAACACCUAUUAUUGCAACCCCAGACCUCCCAAAUGAGUGUAUAUAGCUUUGACUGAUAUGUGUAUAUACUGUACUUAACAUGUUGAUAUGUGCAUUAGACACUUAUUUAAAAGUUAAGAUUUGUAGGAUUUCUUUGAUGAAACUAAAAUAUUAUGUAUGUUGCACAUGUAUAUGUAAGUAUGUAUUGUAUAUUUUACUAUUUAAUAGUUUGCAACCUAUGUAUGGUAAUAAUAAUUUUCUAAAUAAUGUGUUCUGUAUGUUGAUUUUAAUAUUUGACUUUUCAACCUCUGGUAGUUUGUCUGUCAACAGUGAGGAACUAUUGAUUAUGUUUUUUUCGUUGUCCAAGUGCAGAACUUCUAGAUAAUAAUCAAGCUAACAGAUAUAGAGAAUAUUUCCUAACA